UCUUUCAGGCAGCAAGAUGUUAGAGCAACAGAGAUUGACAAAGUGGAUAUGCAUCUGUCAUUUCGUCCGGGUGACAUUGUCAGAGCUGUAGUGUUGUCUCUUGGAGAUGCACGGGCUUAUUAUCUAUCAACUGCAAAGAAUGAACUGGGGGUUGUCUCUGCAGAAAGUGCGGCAGGUGCAACGAUGGUUCCUAUAAGUUGGACAGAGAUGCAGUGUCCACUGUCAGGGCAAAUUGAGCAAAGAAAAGUUGCAAAGGUUGGAGCUUGACAAAAGAAACAAGCUAAGUUGUGGAAGAUUACCUCCAGACUUUUUCACCUGAAGGUGUAACCAUAAAUCUUUUAGGCUGAGAAGAAACUGAAAGGAUUUUUGUUUGGUAGGACCAUCACGAGUAUCUUCGAACACGAGAAAUUUGUAUACUUAUUUCUUUUGUAGGAUUAAACAUAGAAACUAUAAAGAGAAAGGGAGGGUGGGGGAGUUGAAACUCAGGCAAAGAUUGAAUUAUCUUCAUUCAUAUUGUUCUUAGUUACAUGACAUA